AUGGGUGCCCUCAAGUAUGUCGAAGAGCUUCAGAAGAAGAAGCAGUCCGAUGUGAUGCGCUUCCUUCUCCGAGUCCGAUGCUGGGAACUCCGUCAAUUGAAUGUCUGCCACCGCGCUUCCCGCCCUUCGCGCCCCGACAAGGCCCGCCGCCUCGGAUACAAGGCUAAGCAGGGCUACGUUAUCUACCGCAUCCGAGUCCGCCGUGGUGGACGCAAGAAGCCCGCUCCCAAGGGUGCCACCUAUGGCAAGCCCACGAGCCACGGUAUCAACCAGCUCAAGUACCAGCGCUCCCUCCGCGCCACCGCCGAAGAGCGCGUCGGCCGCCGCUGCGCCAACCUCCGCGUCCUCAACUCCUACUGGAUCAACGAGGACUCCACCUACAAGUACUACGAGGUCAUCCUCGUCGACCCCCAGCACAAGGCAAUCCGCCUCGACCCCCGCAUCAACUGGAUCGUCAACCCCGUCCACAAGCACCGCGAGGCCCGCGGCCUCACCGCCACCGGCAAGAAGUCCCGCGGCCUCAACAAGGGCCACAGGUACAACAACACCCGGGCCGGACGCAGGAAGACCUGGAAGCGUCACAAUACCCUCCAGCUUUGGCGUUACCGAUAA